GCAGUCAGUCGCCUGGCGCUCGCCGAACCAACAACAUCCUAGCCAACACAUUCCGCUCCUGUUCCUGUUCCUGCUCAAGCUCCGCUAUAUAUAUAUAUAUUUAAAUAUAUAAAGUAGCAUAGUAGUUGCAAGUUGCUAACCAGCCAAACGCAAUUGUUCCAUCUGCAGCUCACCGUUCCAGAAAUUUUGCAUUAACGAAGAUACCGAGUGCUUAGAAGGAUGGCUCAGGAAGGUCAGGAUAUACCCACAUUCAAGUGCGUGCUAGUCGGCGAUGGCGGCACCGGCAAGACCACCUUUGUCAAGCGGCACAUGACCGGUGAGUUCGAGAAGAAGUACGUGGCCACACUGGGCGUGGAGGUGCAUCCAUUGAUCUUCCAUACCAAUCGUGGCGCCAUCCGUUUCAAUGUGUGGGAUACCGCUGGCCAGGAGAAGUUCGGCGGGCUGCGCGAUGGCUACUACAUUCAGGGCCAGUGUGCCGUCAUCAUGUUCGAUGUUACCUCGCGUGUCACGUACAAGAACGUGCCCAACUGGCAUCGCGAUCUAGUCCGCGUCUGCGAGAACAUACCAAUCGUCCUCUGUGGCAACAAAGUCGAUAUCAAGGAUCGCAAGGUGAAAGCGAAGAGCAUCGUCUUCCACCGAAAGAAGAACUUGCAGUAUUACGAUAUUUCUGCCAAAUCGAACUACAACUUCGAGAAACCAUUCCUUUGGCUGGCGCGCAAGCUGGUUGGUGAUCCCAACCUGGAGUUUGUCGCCAUGCCAGCCCUGCUGCCGCCCGAGGUUAAGAUGGAUAAGGAUUGGCAGGCGCAGAUCGAGCGUGACUUGCAGGAGGCCCAGGCGACCGCACUGCCCGACGAGGACGAGGAGCUAUAAGCCUAUUUGUAGUUAACUUAGAGCGAAAUCCGACUUGCGCGAAAACACAAACACACACACACUCAAACACAAAACCACAACACACAACACCACACCGAACAUAGAACACUGAAUCACAGGCACCGUAUGAAAAGGCGUGGCAAGAGGGAAUGAAGGAUUACGGAUUAGAGGAAGUAGCAUUAGCAGUAGUGUACUAUCCGUACACUAUUGGAUUUGCCAGCCUAUGUUCUUCGAUCGAUCGUUGGGAAAAUCUACAAACAAGCCCUUCUUAAUACGUCGAUUGUAUUUAAAUUUUAGAUCCCCAAUUCAUUAAUAAGUCGGUUAUAAUUGAUUUUUUUUUUGUUUGUUUCCUUAUACGUUGGCUCUUGGAAAAAAAGGAGUAAGUAAGUAGUAUUGUCAUUAAAGUGCUAAAGCAGCAGGCAACAGCAACUUAAUCGAAAACCAAGAGAAAUAAAUAGUCGCAGAACGUAUUUUUUUAAAACUUGCAACACCAAUGUUCUUUUCCACCCAAAAAAAAAAAGGAAGAAAAAACCAAGUUACUUCAACAAAAGUGUGAAUGUUAGAAACGAGCGAGACGGCAUGCUCGGAGCGAGCGAGAGCGCAAUAGCUGGCCAAUGAACUGAGUCCCCCCAAAGGAAAAUUAAUACUAUUGAAAAAAGAAAAGAAAGGAAAACACUGGAAACUAUGAGAAAAUAACCUAUAGACAGGCCGCCGAAUUCGCAUCCACAUGUUAUUAAUCUAAGAACUAAAGAAAUAAAAAAUAAACGUCGAAGAAAAAAAAACUAAACGAACGGAGC